AUGGAUACGCCUAGGGCUGUGACAGUUACCAGUUACCGUUACCAGCGUUCUCCGUUACUAGAGCAACAAUAUAGUCACGAAUCACAACGUUGUUUGGUGAAAUUAGAAUAUGAUCAAACUGAGUUAUAUGCUGAAUCUAGUGCCAUAUUUCAAAUGCCAUUUCAAGGUUUAGAAGAUGAUGAUAUGGAUCAUGAUAAACCAGCAUGUUUGAAACGUAUAAAGUCAAUGAAAAGUAAUCCAUCAUUCAUUAUGAACAACAACAAAUUAACAGCACUGUCGGAAUAUUUAGAUGAUCAACAAUCAGAAGAUGGAUCAGAAUCGUAUUGUGAUACCGAUUUAGAUGAAUUAUGUGUUGAUCCAUUUGAUAGUUGA